GCCGGUGCAGAACAGAAUCUUCGGCAGCGUGAGCAACAGUCUGUGUCACUGCCGCAUGUUUGUGGUAAAUUUAAAAACUGGAUAAGAGAGAGAAAACUUCCACCUCUUAAGUUCAGAGCAGCCGUCCUGAAGCCCAGUCAGACUGCAGAGCUGCUGUCGUUCACACUAUGAUGAACUGGACCUUAAUAACAGCUUCAAUCAUCUGCAGCUUCAGCUGGAUUUCUGUCUCAGCUGCUGAGUCUCAGACUGUGGACGUCCUGCUUGGUGAGGACAUCAAUCUCACAUGCUCUAAGAUGUCCGGCUCUGUAAAAUUCUGGUUCAAAGUCGUCAACAAAACCAAGGCCAUCUGGAUCUCCACCAAGAUCGAUGAUACCGGAACGCCAUCUUACUGUGAUAGCUGUCAAAAUGGAAAAUUUAAUAUGAGAUCCAACACCUCUGAUUCCUCUCUCGAAAUUAAACAAGUGGAGUUAUCCGACUCUGGAAUGUAUUUCUGUGGCGAUUACUCAGGAGGCCGGGCAUUGUUCUGCACACAAUAUUUAAAUGUUAAAGGCAGUUCUGAACUUCAUAAUAAUGCUGAAACAAAGUCUAAAAAGGGUGAUGGAGUAAUGAUGCUGAUGAGUGUGAUCCUGGGAGCUCUGACUGUUUUUCUCUUGAUGGUCAUCAUCGUUCUGGUUGUUAAAAACAGAAAACUUCAGAAAGCUGCCGGUGCAGAACAGAAUCCUCGGCAGCGUGAGAAUCCGGGCUCUGAUGAGCUGAACUAUGCAACGGUGAAUUUCCGAAAAAAAGAAAAGAAAUGAAGAAAGAAGAGAAGAGAAGAGGAGUGAAAUGUUGUGUAUGCUCUUCUUUUAAAUAAGUAAUUAGAGCACAUGAAUACAGAAAGCAGAUAUUUGAAAUGUUCACUUAAUAUGCUGUGUGUCUGCAGUGGUAUGGGGGAUGAAAGUACAAAAAUACAACAGUAA